AAUAGGACCGCCCUCGCCAAUCCAGAAAGACACAAACACAGCAGGACGAGCCCUCUUCAUGUCGCCUCCAAUCAGAAGAGAGACAAACACAACGCGGCACGCCCCCUGCCCUCAAAACAGGCCAACCCGGAAACCGAUAAGCCGAACGAGUCACGUCUUUUUUUUGGAAAGCAUCUGCCAAUCGGAUGGGACACAAACAGAAUGGAUCCCGCCCCUUUCCUACACUCUAGCCAAUCAAGAGAGGCAUAAACAUUGAGGAAACGCACGCCUCCUCGUUACAGGUCCUAGCGAGCGCGGGCACGAGCGCCUGGGGGGAGGAGGACGCGGGACGGUGGCGGUUAUGGCGGAGGGGUGCCGCGUUCCUGUCGCGGAAGCAGAGGGGCCCGGACAGCAGGAGCAGCUCGGGGCCGAGCGGAGCCUGGAGGCGCUGAGCCUGGAGUGGCGAGCGACCGGCGCGGGAGCGCGGCAGCCGGGGGGUCGUAGAGCCACUAUCGCCAGCGCGCUGGAGCUGGAGGGCAGCGUGCGCCGCGAGGGCCUCCUCACCCACUUCGUAGCCAGCAACCUGCAGCGGAAGAUCCAGCUCAGCGCGCCCGCCGCCAGCGCCAUCCCCCCCGUAGACCCCGCGGCGCUGCGGGAUCUGGUGGCGCUGGCCGGGCAGGUGGCCGCUCAGGUGGAUGAGCUGCUGCGCAGCGUGCACUGCGGUCUGCAGGCCCUGACCGCACUGAGCGUGGGCUGCAUCCAGACCUACCGCGACGGCGUGGAGAGCCUGGGCGAGGCCGUGGACACCAGCAUCCGAGCCAUGUACACACUGGUGGCGCGGUGCGAGGAGCUGGACCUGGCCAUGCAGCCCGUGCCGGCCUUGGCCAGGCGCAUCCGUGACAUGAAGGGCACGCUGGAGCGGCUAGAGGGGCUCUGCAAAUAGCACCCUGGGGCGGCCGUAACCCCUCAGCCGAUGGCCCACGUUGCUCAAACACCAUGUGCCUAAUCCAACAAGCCAUCUCCAGCAGGUGCUGCUCCUUCACACACACCGCACCUCGGCAUGCGGCAGCUCAGGAGCUGGUCACAGGCCCAGGAUUGAUACUCGGGGAAAGUUUGCCUCCCAUCGAAUGCACUUUAUGCUCAUCUGCCUUGAUCUCCGAGCUGAGGGGUGGCUUCUUCCACUGCUAUUUUUGUUGAAUGUUUUCUUCUGAAAUACCAAUGAAUAGUUCCACUAAACUUAAAUAAAGAUAUUUGCUAUUUUUU